AUGUCGUCGUCCUCUGAAGCCUCUUCCUCCUCUGUUCGCGACAGUUCUUCUCCGGAACCAACAACAAAAAAGGAUCUCAAACGAAAAAGAUCUAAAGAUGUCUCCAAAAAGCCCAAACCUGCAGACUCGGACUCGGAUUCUAGUAGCGACUCGAGCAGCGCCUCGGAUUCUGACGACUCUGAGCGCGAAAACGACAUGGACGUAGAUGGAGACCAGCAGCCAGUUCUAUCUCAUGCUGAGCGGCGGCGACAAAAGAAACGAGAGAAGAAGGCUCUAGACGACUCGGCUGUGCCCAAAAAGAAGCUCAAGGGGAAGGACGGCGUUGCCAUUCCCUCGAAAGAAUCCACCGCUCUUCCGAAACGACAAAACUCUGUAUGGGUUGGGAACCUCUCAUUCAAAACGACACAGGAUAAUCUACGAUCGUUCUUCAAAGAUGUUGGUGAAAUCACCAGGAUACACAUGCCCAUGAAGGCCUCUUCUAGACCCAAUCUACCUCAGGAAAACCGAGGAUUCGCCUACGUCGACUUUGCAACUCCCGAAGCUAAAACUGCAGCUAUUGCGCUGUCCGAGCAACCGCUCAUCGGAAGGAAACUGUUGAUUAAAGAUGGUGACGACUUUGCAGGACGGCCCAUCGCCCCAGGUGUCGAUGUGAAAACGAACGAUCCCACUCUCGCUCAGAAGACCCACUCCAAAACCGCCCAAAAGAUCCUCCGCAACCAAAAGCAGCCCCCAGCACCGACAUUGUUCCUUGGAAAUCUCCCAUUCGAGACGACGGAGGAUGACAUCCGGGAGAUGUUCGAGGCUCACCGCUAUCCCAAGAAGCAAUCCAAGAAGCCGAAGAAGGGAGGAAAAGGAGAUGAAGACGGGGAUGAAGAAGCGAAAGAAGGGGGAGGGGAUGACGCAGCACAGUCGAAUAAAGAUUCGCAGAAGGGCGAAUACAUCCUUAAAGUUCGAAUGGGGACUUUUGAGGAUACAGGUGCUUGUAAAGGAUUCGCCUUUGUCGAUUUCUCAAGCAUCGAUAACGCAACUUCGGCGCUCAUUAACCCCAAGAACCAUCAUUUCAAUGGUCGAGACUUGAAAGUCGAGUAUGCAGGUGCUGAUGCCGUUCGGCGCGGGGCAGCUAAACAUCUGCUACCCGGCAUUGCCGCUGCAUCUAAAGACAAAGGUACGCGUAUGUCGAACGGCAAGAAGGGCGAGGCUGGUGGUAAUGCUAAAAGGGGUGGUCCCAAAUCGAGCUCGCGAUCAAAUGGGGUGGAGGGCGAUGGAGGAUGGGGAGAAGGAGGGGGAGAGCAGGGAGGCCGAGACUCGAAUGACAAGUCGAGAUCGAGGUCGAGGAACGGUGGUGCGGCGUCGUUUGACAGCGGAGCGGGUGACGAACGUGAGGGUGGUGAACGUGGUGGCGAUGGUGGGCGUGAACGUGGAAGUGGGGGUGGGAGGAAGUUUGGUGGCGAUAGGAAACAGGGACAGCGGGAGUUCAAAGGCUCGAAGGCGAGACCUAAACCAGGCGCUGCUCUUGCCCAGGCGAAGAGGGAGACAGCGGCCAUCAUUCCCAGUCAAGGGAAGAAAAUCACCUUUUAG